UAGAUAGCAUGCCGGAGUUGAUAUGUGGAUCAACUGGAGUGUACGGACCCGACGCGUAGCGACUUCCGGCCAAGCCCAAAAUCACUCCACGCGAUGCGCGCUUACUAUUAAGGCAACGCCCACUCAUUCAAGCCCACUCUCGUGUGUGUAUCUCCAUGACUCUGUGUGCUGACGCGACCGGCCGAUAACUCCACAGGGUGACUCCAGAUGGUGUAUCUCUUGCGUUUGUGGUAGCUUUGAGAAAAGCUGUUUGAAACAGUGCCGGACAGGUCAGGGUCUACUGGGGGUACCUCAGGGCAAUGUCGCGGCAGAGACUCGCAAGUGCUGUUGCUGCACUGAGGCCAUGCCGCUCCCUCCACAUGAACUCGCCGAGGAUUCUAUGUUUUGUGUGUGGACCCCUGUUGCUGGUGGUUGUUGACCGGCUGCAGCUGCUGGACCCUGUUGUAGGCUGCCCACUGGUCGCUGUGGACCUCGGUCCCUGGCCUGACGUGGCGUCUGAUGACAGGGAGAAGAGUUUGUGCAGUACGGUCUGGGACAAUGCACAUGACCCCCAGUGCUGGAGAGUGAGAGGUAUCGCAGAGCCCAAACACCCUGACCUCGUUGGUGGUAGCUCGUCCUCUGUGAUGCUUGGGCUUGUGGCGAAAGAGACUCUCAUCGAUCUGCACAACUACUCCCAGCAUCAAUGGAGAGUCAUGGUUGAGAAGUCUCCAGCUGCAGAUGUCGCGGCAAUACGGAUAUAUCUGUAUUGCAGUCUUCUCGUCGACCUCUGCUUCCUCUGCUGCAUCUUUCACUGGAUACUCUCGAGCCCACCAGUUCAUGAGUACUAUCCACUGCUGGAGCUUCAAGCGUGACUGCUCAAAGAAUGUCCCAGAGCGUAAUGAGACACUCUUUUUGCAGGACGAGUCAGGGCACCUCCAUCUGUACUUGUCAGUGAUGUCUCUUCUGUGCUGCAUGUCCAUCUGUUGGUUGCGUCUUGUUCCGGCUGAGUAGGCCCUUGCUCUGCAACCAAAUAACCUGUUUCUCUACCUCUGGACCAAUCACUGCAGCUAACGCGAGUGCACUCCAUUUUCACUGUGCCCCUCUUUUUUUGCGCGGGAAUUGAUUCUCUUUGUGUAUGUGCCG